CCUAUACGAUUUCGUAAGAGAAUAUGGAUUGAUUCUAUCUUUAAUCUGAACUACUAAUAAUCGAUGGAGUGCCAUCCGAGAAGUCUCUAUCUAUGCCUGCAUGGAUCUUGGAUUCGAUGCUCGUUUUCAAGAGCUGAUGCAAUUGGAUGAUUUAUGCAUCGAGUUUGAUUAAUCUUUAGUAAAUUUAUGCCUCGAGCCACUAUAUAACCUGACCCGAACUGCUAAUUGUAAUAAUCAAUGAUUGUUCCAUUGAAGAUUCAGUGGGUAGCAGCCCAAAGUAUUUUCUACCAUCUCUACAACCAGGUCUCGUACAUGUCCCUCGACGAGAUCUCUCCCUUGACAUUUAGCGUCGGCAACACCAUGAAACGUAUAUCAGUUAUAGUCUCUUCUCAUCAUCUUCCACACGCCUGUCCAGCCCGUCAAUGCUCUUGGAGCCGCCAUUGCUAUCCUAGGAACCUUCUUGUAUUCUCAGGCAAAAGCUUGAUGAAAAUCAGGGGUUUGAGAAUUUUGAUUCAUCGCGCAACACAGAUGACGGAAGACGAAACAUCUGGAAGAAUUUAGCUCAGAAUAGUUUUUUUUUUGUAAUUUCUCUUUCAUGAUUUCGAUGAACGCCCGGGAUUCGGUCGGAUAAGAUCUUCAUAUUGUAGAUAAUCUUACAAUAAUGAUGAUUAUAAACAAUGUCAUGGGAAGGCCUGCUGUUCUUUUCUUAAUGUUUUGUUGCGGCUGAGAGGGAAUCUGCCUGAAUAAAACAAGGAUUAAUGCUGUGAGCCUUGGUCCCAUAUGAUCUGAUAUUUAAUAAAACAAGAACAAUGUUUGUGUUCAAAGGUUUCCUGUUA